GGACAAAAACCAAUGACGUCGAGCCAAUAGCUUAGGGACUGAAACGAAAAUCUUGUUAGUGUGGAAUGGAAGGAGCUAAACUAGCUACAAGCUAAUGGUCGGACCUAACGGACGUCUAUAUCUAGCGUCUUAUAUCUUCAGCGACUAAAGAGUCAUUUGAAAGGUCGGUAUCAUGGGUGAACCACAGCAGGUCAGCGCCCUGCCUCCUCCACCGAUGCAGUACAUCAAAGAGUACACAGAUGAAAACAUCCGCAAGGGUCUGGCCCCUAAGCCACCUCCACCCAUCAGAGAUAAUUACAUGAUGUUUGGCAACCAUUUCCAGUGUGAUGACCUCAUCAUCCGGCCUCUGGAAAGCCAAGGCAUUGAGAGGCUUCACCCUAUGCAGUUUGACCACAAACGGGAGCUCAAGAAACUGAACAUGUCCAUUCUUGUGAACUUUUUGGACCUUCUGGACAUCCUUAUCAAGAGCCCUGGUAGUAUAAAGCGUGAAGAGAAGCUGGAAGACAUAAAGCUUCUGUUUGUCCAUAUGCACCAUCUGAUAAAUGAGUACAGACCGCAUCAAGCCAGGGAGACGCUAAGGGUGAUGAUGGAGGUCCAGAAAAGACAGAGGCUGGAGACAGCAGAGAGGUUCCAGAAACAUCUGGAGAGGGUGGUGGAGAUGAUCCAGGGGUGCCUUGCCUCCCUGCCUGAUGACUUGCCUCAAGUGGAAGGUCAGGAUGGUGCUUGUGAUGGGACAAAGAGUGCGCCUCCUGCAGCUAGUGUUGGCUGUUCGUCUGGGCAGGCCACCAGGCUGAAAACAGAACCUAUGGAUAUAGAGGAAGCAGCUGCCAGCUGCAUGGCAACGGGUCAGCAGGAGAAGAGCAUCCCUACUUCAAGAAGUGACAAAUGGGACAAGGACGCUGCCAUGUGCAGCAUUAUUGAUGAACUAGCAUAGUUUAAUAUUAUGUUCUUUCUUUUUUGUCGUUUCUUUGCUGAACUCUGUGUAAAUAUGGCACUUUCGUACAUGGUAUACAGAAUAUUUUCUUUUUCUUUUUUUUAUAACUGGUUAUGUCACUGGUCUUUGCUCCACAAGUCUUUAACAUGACUGCAUUUUGCUGUUGAGUUAUACAUAUAUGGUUGUAAUACAUCUCUGUUCUCAUGGUUUCAUGCACAAGAGUGAUUUAGAGAGUGAACAUGUGGUUUUUGCCAUACACAUAAAAAAUGUGUGCCUGGGGCCUCAAGAAUUAUCAGCAUUAAAUCAAGUGCAACCACACUGUACAACAGUGAUGUUCAGUAACCUCUCUUCUGACUUGGGAACUGUCAAAACACAUCAUCGACGAAUGUUUCUUACUGCUAGCUUGAAACAGCUGGUGAGAUAAAAUGUUGGGUGCAACAUUUUAUCUCAUUUCAUCUUUGCGGUUUAUGGCUGUCUCAACUGCAUCGGUUCUCAAAGUUGUUCUAGUACGUUUAAUUUUAAUCCCCAAACUCCACAGUUUUUAUCCAACCACUAAGAAAAAAAGUUUUACUUAAAGGUCACAUUAAGAAAAAAAAAUCCACUCAAGUUUCACUUCACCUUGUUGAUUAUACUGCACCAGUGUUUCCCACCAUGCAGGUAGUGUGAGAACUGCUGCUCUAAUAAGAUGAGCACUCCAACAAGAGAAAUGCACAGUCAUGCUCUUGUCCGUGCGUGUCAGUUAAUGUGACUUUAUCUUUCACGUUUGUGUUGUUUUACUAGGUACCACACAGUAAGGCUGAUGCCUAAACCUUUAUUUAGAAGUCACCAGUGUACUCGUUCACCCACGAAACUUGAAACUAUGACAAUAAAUGCUGUCACAUUAACGGGAAGCUGUGAAUGUCAGAAAUGGACAUUUGAGGGUGCUAGCUGUGUUUUCAAGGGCCCCAUUGAAUGUUGUUUUUAUUUAAAAUGUAGAAAUUCUGACUAAUUCCUGAAAACAUAUUCCCAGAAUAGAAAUUUUAACAUAGAUCAGGUGGGGGUGCUAAGUUUGCAUAAUUGUAAUAAACCCAAUAAACAAAUUUGCUGUCAGAGUGCAGUCAUCUCACAGAAACAUAGACGGCUUUAUUAGACCCGUCAGAGCAGAGUCGCAUGAAAACUCAUGUAAAUGCUGGACUGCCUUUAUGUUUGCAAUGCAUGAUUCUUGUCACUGAUUUGCAGAUUGUUUAAUCCAUGGAGAGUCAUCACACAAAAGUCGUCAUGUAUAUUAUGUAAAAUGUCAAAUAAUUCUGACCCCCUCCCCUUCCCUCUUUUAUAGGUUUUUAUAAGCAUACCUAAUGGUAUAACCAGUUUUGUGUUGCCUUGCAGCAGUUUGCUCUUACACAACUGUUCAGGGAAAGAAAUGUGAGCCUUUCAACUGGUUGCUCGUAAAGCAAUUCAAAUGCACAUGUUUGGUUGUUGAAACUGAAAAUACACCUCAGGCUGGUGAUUGCAGCGCAGAUUUCACUACUUGCGUUUCUGUGACGUUAGCUGAGGCAUCUAUGUAACUUGCAUAAGUUCAAUAAAUCAGUGCGUGAUACACAA